GUCAUUGAUUUGCUUUUUCAUUGGUAACUCUCUGUAACGGCUUUUCAAAACAGUAGAUCAGGAUUUUCUCCUCUUCUUGAUCAGCUAAUUUGAUUUCAGUUAUCAAAUUUCGAAAACGGUUUGAAAUAUUCGUUCAAUUUCUCUGAUUCGAAUCUCUUAUGUGUUUUUCGUAGUUGUUAUAGAGCGGCAUUUACUGCAUAAUCAGAGGAGAUCCAAACAAAUCACAGAAUGGAAAUCUUUUAGAUUUUAUUCUUAAAAAUUCGUUUAGUUUUUUGGAAUCUCAACGGAAAACAAAUCUAGUGUUGAUUUUCGAGACGGCGAUGAAGUGAAGCAUUUGUUCAAUUUCGGAACUUGUUUACUUCUCGAACUUGUGUGUGUGUGUGUGUGUGCUUUUGAAACAGUAGAGUGAUGGGUUGCGUUUACUCCCGAGCUUGUAUCGGCGAGAUUUGCGUGCCGAGAGAUGCAAGGGUCAAAGAGCCAGAAAGCGUAAGGCCAAAAGCGGCGGAGCUUGCCUUUUUCUCGCCCGCAUCUUCAAACGAAGAAGAAGAAACCAGAGACCAAAUCGACUCUCGGUUAAGCUUGAACCGAGCCGGUGACCCGGAGCUCGGUAUUACUCGACUCUCUAGGGUUUCAGCUCAGUUCCUUCCGUCGGACGGUUCUCGAACCGUUUCGGUCCCCUCCGGCAAUUUCGAGCUUAAGUAUUCUUACUUAUCUCAAAGAGGUUAUUAUCCAGAUGCUUUAGAUAAAGCUAAUCAGGACAGUUUUUGUAUCCACACUCCGUUUGGAACAAAUCCCGACGAUAAUUUCUUCGGCGUUUUUGACGGCCACGGUGAAUUCGGAGCUCAGUGUUCGCAAUUCGUGAAAAGAAAAUUAUGCGAGAAUUUACUGAGGAAUAGUAAGUUCCGCGUCGAUGCCAUCGAAGCUUGCCAUGCUGCUUAUUUGGCGACAAAUAUGCAGCUACACGCUGAUAGUUUGGAUGACAGCAUGAGCGGAACGACGGCUAUAACGGUUUUAGUUCGUGGCAGGACGAUAUACGUGGCGAAUUCUGGUGAUUCGAGAGCGGUUAUAGCUGAAAAAAGAGGGAAAGAAAUUGCAGCCGUAGAUUUGUCUAUUGAUCAGACCCCGUUUCGAGUUGAUGAGCUGGAGAGAGUGAAGCUUUGUGGAGCGCGAGUGCUUACAUUAGAUCAAAUUGAAGGGUUGAAGAAUCCGGAUGUGCAGUGUUGGGGAACUGAGGAAGGCGAUGAUGGUGAUCCUCCCAGGCUUUGGGUGCCGAAUGGGAUGUAUCCUGGAACGGCUUUUACAAGGAGUAUUGGGGAUUCAAUUGCUGAGACAAUUGGUGUCGUGGCGAAUCCGGAGAUUGUCGUGUUGGAGCUUACUGAAGAUCAUCCUUUCUUUGUACUUGCUAGUGAUGGGGUUUUCGAGUUCCUUUCUAGUCAAACUGUGAUUGAUAUGGUUACAAAAUACAAGGAUCCUCGUGAUGCUUGUGCUGCAAUUGUGGCUGAAUCUUAUCGACUUUGGCUCCAGUAUGAAACCCGUACUGAUGAUAUUACUGUAAUUGUUGUGCAUAUUAAUGGGCUAGCUGGUGCUAAUGGCGAAGCAGCUAAGCCUGCUACAAUUUUACGGCCUCCUGUUCCUCAAGUGUUAGAGGCAACAGGAUCAGAAUCUCCUUCAACUUUUAGCUGGAGUUCAAGCAACCACCGUGCAAGGCAUGACAUAUCACGGGCUCGUCUUCGUGCUAUUGAGAGUUCAUUGGAGAAUGGGCAAGUCUGGGUUCCGCCACCUCCUGCUCAUAGGAAAACUUGGGAAGAAGAGGCACAUAUAGAGCAGGCAUUGCACGACCAUUUCCUAUUCAGAAAAUUAAAUGAUUCACAGUGUCAUGUUUUAUUGGAUUGCAUGCAAAGAGUUGAGGUCCAACCUGGGGAUAUUGUUGUUCAACAGGGUGGUGAAGGUGACUGCUUUUAUGUUGUUGGAAGUGGAGAAUUUGAGGUCUUAGCAACCCAGGAAGAUAAAAAUGGAGAUGUGCCAAGGGUUUUGCAGAAGUAUACAGCUGAGAAGUUAUCAUCAUUCGGUGAGCUGGCACUAAUGUACAAUAAGCCCCUCCAAGCCUCUGUGCGUGCUGUGACAAGUGGAACUCUUUGGGCUCUAAAACGAGAAGACUUUCGCGGAAUUCUGAUGUCUGAGUUUUCAAAUUUGUCAUCCUUGAAGUUGCUUCGCUCCGUGGAUCUUCUAUCUAGAUUGACAAUUUUACAGCUGAGUCAUGUUGCAGAUUCUCUUUCUGAAGUUUCCUUUUCUAGCGGGCAGGCCAUAGUUAAUAGGAAUGAAGCCCUCUCUGCAUUGUACAUUAUCCAAAAGGGGCAAGUGAGGAUUACUUUUGAUAAUGAUUUGUUAAGCUGUCCAAGUGUCUGCAGUCUCAAGUCUGAUAUCCUAAAAGAGGACAAUGAUCAACAGACUGGCAAAGAAUUGUCUGUUGAAAAGACUGAAGGAAGCUAUUUUGGGGAAUGGACACUUCUUGGGCAACAGAUUGGUUCCUUAAGUGCCAUUGCAGUGGGUGAUGUCACGUGUGCUCUUUUGACAAAGGAGAAAUUUGAUUCAGUUGUUGGUCCUUUGAGAAAGCAUUCCCAGGAUGAUCUUAUGUCUCCAGACUAUUCUCCAGAUGUGCCCAAGGCUUCUGUCAAAGAAAUUGAUAUUUCGACUCUUGCUAAAGUUAGUAUCUCUCAAUUGGAGUGGAGAACAUGUUUAUAUUCCACUGACUGUAGUGAACUUGGGCUUGUACUUCUAAGAGACACAGAAAACUUGCUUAGUUUGAAAAGGUUUUCAAAGCAGAAGGUUAAAAAACUAGGAAAAGGAGCACAAGUUAUGAAGGAGAAGGAGCUGAUGAAGAGUAUGAGUUCUGCAGCUUGUGUGCCAGAGGUGCUAUGCACUUGUGCUGAUCAAAUCCAUGCAGCAAUUCUAUUGAAUACAUGUCUUUCCUGCCCUUUGGCCUCAAUACUUCACACCCCUCUAGAUGAAAUAUCAGCAAGGUUCUGUGCUGCCUCUGUUGUUACUGCCUUAGAAGAUCUACAUGAGAAUGGCGUCCUUUAUAGAGGUGUGUCUCCUGAUGUUUUAAUGUUGGACAAAACAGGUUAUUUACAGCUAGUUGACUUCAGAUUUGGGAAGAAGUUAUCUAAUGAGAGAACAUUUACAAUUUGCGGAAUGGCCGACUCUUUAGCACCAGAGGUAGUUCAGGGAAAGGGUCAUGGUCUUCCUGCUGACUGGUGGGCCCUUGGAGUGCUGAUCUAUUUCUUGCUGCAAGGUGAAAUGCCGUUUGGAUCAUGGAGACAAAGCGAGCUUGAUACAUUUGCAAAGAUUGCUAAAGGACAGUUUAUUCUUUCAGAUAAUUUAAGCCCCGAAGCUGUUGACAUAAUCACUAAGUUACUUGAAGUUGAUGAAAGUACAAGACUGGGAAGCCAUGGUUCCUCUUCCGUUAGAAGCCAUCCGUGGUUUGAUAGUGUUGAUUGGAAAGGGAUCAGAGAUCGAACUUUUCUUGUUCCCCACGAGUUAGCUUCUCGUGUAGCUCAACAGUUGGAAAUACGUUCCGAGGAUUGCCCUGUUGGUGUUGCUUCCCCGCCUCAAGAUAUAGGAGACCUCAACGUUCCUGAGUGGCUUGAUGAAUGGUAAAAAAGAAUUAUAUAUAUGGCUUGCCAUAAUUCUGCUUUUUGUUAACAGUUUGGUAUCCGAUUACUAUACCAUGCGGUGAGAUUGACAACCAGAUUGUCGGAAACUGGACAGCAAGUGUAAAGUUGCAGACCUCAUGAUUCUUUUUCUCGAUGCCAUGAAUCCAGAGUCGCAGUGGAACAAUAUCUCAGUUACGCCACCGUCCUCUGUUUCCAAAAUUAGCCAGCUAACUAAUUCCGUUGAUUGCUCGGUUAUUAGGAUCUUGAUUUUAAAACAUCCAUACGAAUUUCCCGCUUUUGUAAAUAGGCAAAACAUGUUAAUGAGGUUCCUUGUAAUUCAAGAUGUCUACAUUACUUUGCCAUUGGCAGUAGAUAAUUAAUUGGCAUUUACCAUUU